AAUGCCUCUACGUUGCAAAUCUUACCUCAUGAUGCUCAGAGCAGUUGUAAUUGUGCAGGGAGCAAAAUGAAAUAUCUGACAGUGUGAAAAUGCUGCAGCGAGAAGCUCCCGCCGCCGCAUCAAUCAUGACUCCGGCGAUGGCUCUGCUCGCAGCGAGGUUACAGUAAAUCACACGGUGACGGUUUAAUCCCGGGGAGAGUUUUACAGGAGGAGAGGGAAUUCAAUUUCCUAGCAAAGGUAUGCAAAUUCUAUACAGGCCUGCGAUUCACCGAAAGCCUGCACAGAUGCAGCGGAGGCGGGAGGGGGCCGGUUUUAUUUCUUCUUCUUUUUUUUUUUAACUCUACUGGGGUCUCACACCUUUCAUGCUGCUCAGAGAGAUUACAUUUCAGGAAAACAUAGCACAGACAAGACAGACAGGAUAAUCAAUCACGUGAGUUCAAAACGCUCGCGCGCGCUCGUAAGCACACACACACACACAUCUCAUCAUGUCUGCUGGCUGUGUCUGUUUGCGGGAGUCAUAAAUCAAUGCUGCGCUGUCAGACAGCCUAACACGAGCCGAAGAGAGAAAUGGAGCAGCGGUACAAUCUCCUCCACGCUCUGCUACACUUUUUCUCCAGUGCCAGGCCGAGUGACAGAGGACAGAUAAUGCUAGGAGUUCCUCCGUGUUUGUGUGCGUCCUUGUCGCUGUGGCGAACAGAACCCCCGUCCCAUUAACGUAAGGCAGCGGUGCUGCAUCAUGUGUGACCUCAUUAUUCCCCCCCGCUCUCUCUCUCUCUCUCCUGCUUCCAAUCACGCUGAUAGCAAAAACGUGGCGUCUGCGUUUUCCGCACCUGCCCUCCGCUCGAGCUCGUGAGUCUGCCGUUCUCACAGCCCGUGAUUCAGCGCCCACGAGCGCGGCGUCACACCGCUCCGAUAGCGGCUGUCCGGUUUACCCCAGUAAUUAACACCCAGGCUCAUGUUGCUCCAGUAAAUCACGCAGGAAACUUUUGGCUCCAGGAAGAGCCCGAGAAACAGUGCGUCUGGCAGGUGGAGUCCCAUCAGCUGCAGCUCAUCAAGGUGGAGCUUAAGGAGGAGCUGGAUCCCUCUGACUGACACCAGGUCAUUUGGCUAAAUGCUGGAUGCUAAGAAGAGUCCACUGGCCCUGCUGGCUCAGACCUGCUCUCAAAUUGGUAAACCGGACCCUCCUUCUUCCUCCAAGCUCGGCUCCUCCUGCAGCCCGGGGGACAAAGAAUCCAGCAGUCGGUCGUCGUCCUCCAGCCUGAAGCUGGGGGAGCACCGCCCUUCUCUGGAGGACAAAUCUAGCUUUAAACCCUACAACAAAAGCAACGUAGACUGUCGCAGGGAUGGUGUUACCAGCAGCUCCAGCGGUGACAAAGUUGGAUUCAGGGUACCGAGCAGCAGUAGCUCAACCACUAAUGGGAAUUCAACCAGCGGCCAGCAGCCCUAUCCAUCUCACGCUUCUUCGCCUGGCUCCAGAGGCACCAGCACCCCCCCAGGACAGGCUCAGCAGCAUCAGCAUCACAAACAGAGCCAGUCUCCUGGUGGACAGCCGGCCUCGCAGUCCCAAACUCUUACCUCUGAACCCGGACGCGAGCAGAGCAGCCCCAGCAGCACUUCCACUAGUAAUAACCACAGCAAUCCAAAAAAAGACGCCGACGGGAGCAAGGCGAGCGCAGACAGCCCGCACCACGCGAACUCCAGCCACGUCCGGGCGAGCACAAACUGCAGCAACAGCAGCUCAGACGGCGGCUCCAACCAGGACGUCGGCGGUAGAGCUGAGGCCACCCAGCCUAGCCUCGGCCCUGGACACGUCACGCCCAUCUCUCCUUACAAAAACAGCCAGCCACUCUUCCCCUUACCCUCUUCCAACAUGGCCUAUCAUGGAUCUGUCAUGGGGGGUUACGCGGGCUACCCAUCCCAGUUCCUCCCAGGGUUGGACCCGUCCAAAACAAGCCUGAGCAUGGGAGGAAAACACACGAGUUCCAGCCCUCUGACGGGCGCCUCCCCGCCGUCCUUCAUGCAGGGCCUUUGCAGGGACCCUUACUGUCUAAGCUACCCUGGUGUGUCUCAUCUCGGCAGUAGCAACUGCAACUCCUGCAUCCACGACCCUUCCUCCACCCUAAAGUCAAGCUUUCCCAUGGUGUACUCCUCCCACCCGCUUCACUCCCUCCACCAAAGCUCUUUGUCGUCCAGCGUGUCCCCCUCCCUGUCUCAUCCCCUUUACACGUACGGCUUUAUGCUACCUAAUGACCCCCACCCUCACGCCUGCAACUGGGUGUCCGCUGGAGGGCCUUGCGACAAGCGCUUUGCCACCUCAGAUGAACUCCUGGCUCACCUUCGCACUCACACGGCUCUGCCUGUGGGGAUGGACAGUAAGCUGCUCUCCGUUUCCUCGUCUGGACCCGCAUCCUGCCACUUGCACCUCCCACACCAGAGCAGCCCGGGCUCCCUCCCCAGCUCUCUGUCGCUCAGGGCUCCCCCCAGCCUGGGCUUAGCUCGCUAUCACCCCUACAGUAAGGUCCAUCUCCCCUCUGGGCCUUCCUCCAUCUCCCUGCACUCUCUGCCCACCACUGGCCCUUACUAUCCCCACUACACUCUCUACAGUCAAAGACUUGGAUCUGCAUCAGCUCUUGGAUACCAAUAGAACACCAUGUACUUAUGUGUUUCUCAGAGUAGUUUGACAUUUUGGGGAUUAAUCAUGUUUGCUUUCUUGCAGAGAGCGUGGGUGAGAAGCUUAAAAUGGCUCCCGUGCACUUCUUCGAUGUGCAAUUAUUAUGAGCAAUUAGCUUAGCUUAGCACAGUACCUGGAAAAGUGGUUACACUAGCUGUCCUGGCUUCAGCUGCUCUCUGAAUCUCACGUGAAAUGUUGUCCGAAAGGAAUAAUUCAGCUGAAGCAGUAAUUUGUAGUUUUCAAACAACUUUGUGAAGAAGUUCUGAACCAACUGAUGGAAAUGUUAGAUGAUGUUUCUACUUUGACUUGUAAAAUUGCUCAUUUCUGCUUAUUUUGCCCAAUUUUGUUGUUUUCAGAUUUAAAAAAAACAAACAUAUUUGAACAUAUUCAGCAGAGCUGAGCUGUUUACAUAGUCAAGCUAGCUGUUUGCCUCUUUCUGAGCUAAGCUAACUGGUUGCAGCUUUGUAGCUAGCUGGUCGGGAAAACAACACCUUGCUCUGCCAGAAAGUCAAUAACUACAUUCCCCAAAAUGUUUUACUUUAAGAUGAAUUGUGACAACUUGCUGCUUCUUCUGAAUUCAGAAAUAACUUGGAGACACUUUUCUCUGUACUUAAAAGCAUCUCCGCUGUCGGUUUGAACUUUUAUCCAGAAGAUUCCUAAUAACAUUUCCCUUUCCAAAUUCAAAGGGCAAUGCAGGCCUUCUGUUUUUGCACAUUGCAAGAGACUUGACUACCCUGAGGUGAUCUACCGCUCUGUGCUAUUCUGGAAAUUGAUGGUUGUGCAUAAAAGCUUUCAGCAAACAGUGAUGAUUUAGGAAAGAAAAAAGCUAGUGUGUGAGGGCUGGCUGCAGCCUCUGGCUUCAGUUGCCUUCUCCCUGCAGGAGGCGCAUGAAAGCCUGAAACGGCACACACAUUUAACCGGCCCAAUGUUUGGCUUUGAUUCCUCAUGCUUCUUCCCGCUGAUCACGUUUAUUUAUCUCCUUUUACAGUAAUGUGAGCGGACGUGUUGGAAAGGUGUUAAAACUGUGUCUUAACACUUUCGAUUGAAUGAAUGUUAAAAUCACAUCUUGUUCUCAGCUUUUUGAUUGUUUUUUUUUGUUUGUUUGAUUUUUUUUAAUUGUGAUUUCCUCAACAAAAUGAAUAAAACUGAUGAUAAAUGAUAUUUUUUUGUAAUAUUGGAACACCCCAUGGUGGGGCCUCGAGGGUGAUGUGGUGAAAUGGGAGCUCAUAUUUUGGUAAAUAAACCACACUGAAGAUGUGCA